AUGCGAUCAAAGCCUUCGCAUCGUGAUCGGUUGUUGAGGUGGAGCCGGAGCUGGAUUAGGGUUAGGGUUACGGUUUGGGAUGGGUGGAAAGGAGGGAGAGAGGAAGCGGGAGAAGAGACGGAGGAGGAGAUUAUAGUGGGGAGAAUUGGCACUGAGACACUUACCAACAAGGCUGGCGAAGUCACAAGUCAUCUGCAGGGUAUGUUCAACAGGACAAUAAGAUUGUUAGAGGCUGGAAUCAAACCAGUGUAUGUUUUCGAUGGUCAGCCACCUGAUCUCAAGAAGCAAGAACUAGCAAAGAGGUACUCAAAGAGGGAAGAUGCUAGCAAGGAGUUGACAGCAGCUAUAGAGGCUCCUGGUGAAGCAGAAGCAGAGUGUGCAGCAUUAUGUAUAUGCUGUUGCAUCAGAAGAUAUGGAUUCACUAACCUUUGGAGCCCCAAAAUUUCUUCGUCAUUUAAUGGAUCCAAGCUCAAGAAAAAUCCCUGUUAUGGAAUUCGAAGUUUUGAAGGUGCUGGAGGAGCUAAAUCUCACCAUGGAUCAAUUUAUUGACUUGUGCAUUAUUUCUGGAUGUGACUAUUGUGACAGUAUUAAAGGUAUUGUGCUGGAUUCUGGGGAUGGUGUCAGCCACACAGUUCCAAUCUAUGAAGGAUACGCACUUCCACAUUCAAUACUUCAUUUGG